GAAACGAAAGUGAAAUCAGCUGAUAGUGACAUCAGUUAGCACAAAUGUACCAAAGUUCAGAGAGCUGUUUACUUAGACACAACUGUGAGUGCAAGCGGGGCAAAAGCUCAGGACGGCAUCUAUCUGCCAUUUCCCUGUCCACUGUCCUCCCUUCUGGAGCCUGACAUCAGAACGCCAGCGACAAGGAAGAUUCAACCAGACGGCCCCGAUUUCCUGCUCCUCCACUUCACGAGUGUUCCUGUGGGCUCUGCGACUUCUUUUUGUCCCACUGCGAAGGGAAGGAGAGAUGGCCGUCUCAAGGCCACAGUGGGUCAACCACCUGCCGUUCCUGAGCAUCCUGAUCCUCACAGUCGUGGUCCUCUCCCUGCUCUUCUACACGCUGCUCUGGAAGGCUGGCAACCUCACUGACCUGCCCAACCUGAGAAUCGGCUUCUACAACUUCUGCCUGUGGAACGAGGACACCAGCUCCCUACAGUGUCUCCAGUUCCCUGAGCUGGAGGCCCUGGGGGUGCCUCGGGUUGGCCUGGCCCUGGCCAGGCUUGGUGUGUACGGGGCCCUGGUCCUCACCUUCUUUGUCCCCCUGCCUCUCCUCCUGGCCUGGUGCAACGGUGAUGAGGGAGAGUGGCAGCUGGCAGUGGGCUUCCUGGCAGUGGCCUCCGUGCUGCUGGCCAGUGGCCUGGGCCUCUUCCUCUCCUACGUGUGGAAGUGGGUCAGGCUCUCCCUCCUGGGGCCUGGGUUUCUAGCUCUGGGCAGUGCCCAGGCCUUACUUAUGCUCUUGCUUAUGGCCACAGCUGUGUUCCCUCCCAGGGCCAAGAAAGACAAGAGCCAGCUUGAGAGCUGCUAGUCCUGUCUACAGGCUUAUGAGAUUGCAAUGGUUCAGUCCCAACCACACUCGGAGAAGGUGGCGUGUCUGCUCAGCCGUCUCGUUUCAUAGCUAAUGCUGAUCUCAAGCUCCAGGAGAUGGAUCCCACUGCAGAGCAGGUGGGGCCCCCAGCAUCAAGGAGGCCAAGAGGCAGCAAAGGAGGCUGGGGCACCUGCAGCUUCUUAGUGUAGGGCUGGCUGUCCUUCAGGACUUCCAAGAAUACCGUAAAACCACGCAGCUCGUUGUCACACGAAUUCCUGCUUUAAUUAACUGAUCUGAGCAACUCUUACUCUAGCCUCAGGAGCGGGGAGAGGUAAGGAUUUCCAUCCCAGGCCAGACUUCCAGGCUGAUUUGCCAAAUGCCAAACUGGAGCCCAGAAGUUUUAUGGCAACAAGUGGGGAUAUUAAAAGAAAGAGCACCGUGGUGUCCCUCGGGCCCAGGUUAGCAAGUUUCUGCUGCCCCAUCUGUGGUGAGUGGGCAGAGGUGAGCCCCUUUCCAAGAUUCCACUGCCAAAGGCCCAGGACUGAUCGGAAGGACUCCACGAAGACAGAACACGGGCAUAAAGAGAAGCCUUGGUGGCUCUGAAGGCUCCCCUGAAAAGGCCCCUGGACCUGAAAGAGCAGAGCAGUCACUGGGAAUCGGUCCUGUGAUGAGACCCAGGAGGACGCCAAAUCCUGGACAAGGGAAGGUGACCAGGACCAGAGGGCGGCACACACACAAUGCCGCACCCCUUCACUUCUCAACUGGAACUGGGAGGAUGUAAGCGUGACUUACGCAUUGGGGAAUUUUGUGCAUUUUUCAGCACCUGUAUAUUGGAAAACCUGUAUGGCAAAUGAUUUACUCACUCUAUGCCUGCCAAAAGCCACACCAAAUACAGAGGCAGAAACAUGGGCUCUG